GACGAAGAUUUUACGAAUGGGCAAAGGCGCCGUCUAAAGAAGGGCAUAGUGCCUGCGCUCUUUCCGGAGAGAUCGUCAGAAGUGCUGCGUGCGCCUUCAGCAGAAAGCACGAUUGAGCACAUUGGUCAUUCAGAAAGCGAACCUACACAGAACAAAGAAAUUAAUAAUUCAGCCAGUGUGGCAGAGACGCCUAUGGAGGUUGAAAAAUCCACCGAGAAAGAACAACGCGCACAGUCUUCUUCGAGUGCGGUGCAAGAGCAGCUAUGUGCGCCACCAAGGACUUUUGAUGAGGAAUCAGACAAUAACUCUCAAAUAGUUGUCCAAGAGGCGCAGAUGGACGAAGAAGAAGAAGCUUCCAGUCUUUACGCAAACGAGAGAGCAAAAUGGUUGAGAAAAGAAAGAGAAAUGAAAAGAAAAAUUGAAAGAGUCCAGAAAACAGUUGACAGAUACAAAUCAGAAUUAGAAAAGGUCAAGGAAGACUGCAACUUUGCGGAUAUGUCGUACAUAAGGCAGCAAGCCAAGCAAAAAGACACAUCGGCUGUCUUCCUUUGGAAUCAAAUAAUUAAUUUCAGACGAAAAAAACCAACAUGGUCGGAAGAUGUUGUGCGUCACUGCAUCAUAUUAAGGCACCUGUCCACCAAGGCCUAUGAGCAUGCUAGGAAAGAAGGACUGCUCAAACUGCCCGGCAGGACCACCCUUCAAGAAUUCCUUGGGGGCAUGAGUGGUGAAGCAGGCUUUAAUUCUUUGAUAAAGCUGCGCUUAAAAGCAGAGAUUGAGAAACUGACAUCGCCUGCUUCAAGGCAUUGCUCCCUCAUCAUGGAUGAAAUGCGCAUAAAGCCAAAGCUGCAGUACAACAAACAGCAAGAUUGUUUUGUUGGCCAUGCUGACGUAGGCGAAGUGAACGACCCAGCGAACGAGCCCUUGCUGGCGAAUUCGUUGUUGUGUUUCCUCAUAAAUGGCCUGUCAACGUCUUACAGGAUUCCAGUGUCUUAUUUCUUCACGAAGAACCUCUCUGGUUCUCAGCUGUCGCAGCUGGUGCGAUCAGUUAUUAAGAACGUUGAAGAAUCUGGCUUCAAAGUAGACAGACUCGUGGCUGACAAGCACAAGAUAAACGUGAGUGCCAUGAGAGACCUCUGCGGCGGAUUUCUGACAUACAGAAUUGAACACCCGGUUUAUCCCGACAGACCUUUAUUUCUCAGCUUCGAUUGCUGCCACGUCCUGAAAAAUGUAAGAUCUCAAUUUUUGGAAAGAGAAAUUGGCCCGGACGGAGAGAUAUCUUCUCGUUACUUGAAAAUAUACGACUUGCAGAAAGAACUGAUCGUUAAACCCGUGAGAAAACUUACUAGAAAACAUGUCUUCCCGAACAACAUCGAAAAAAUGAAUGUCAAGCGUGCGCUGGAAAUUUUUUCUCCAAGCGUAACGGCGGCCUUGGAAUUUUUAAGAGGACAGGCAGGGCACAGCUGUGACUACUCCUUCGCUGCAGCCGGACCAACAAUAACUUUCAUGAAGAACAUCUACCGUUGGUUCAUACUUCACGACACCAGCAACACGGCACAAUACAUCCACCAAAACAACCCCGAUGUCAGACACUAUGAUGACUCCGACGAUAGCCGCCUCGAAUGGCUUGAACUAACUUUUCCCAUGUAUGUGGAAGAAUUGAAAAACAGAUCGCCUUCCGCGCACAACUUUCUCACGGCAGAAACCUACGAGGCGCUUCUCCUGACGACCUACUCCACGGUCGCUUGCGUUCGGCACUUGCUUGCAAAAGAAAAAUUUUGCUUUGUGCUGACAAGGAAAUUUAAUAGCGACCCCAUCGAAUCCCUUUUUGGCACGUUGAGGCGAUCCUUGGGUUCUAAUGACCAAUUGGACGUGCGCUCCGCGAUGAGUGGCCUUGAGAAACUGCUCAAAACAGGCAUCGUAGCCGUGCCUGAAUGUAGCAACAUCCUACACGAGCAAGAGCUCGUGCAAAGCAAGGCGCUCCCCGCUGCAGUUCGCACACGCAAGGAACAGUCCAUUCUGCCUUCAGCUGCCAUUCACAUCCUGGAGCGCUUCAAUGUGCAAACCGUGCCAACAAGCUUGCCGACCCUGCAAGUAACAGCAACAGUCUACAUGGGCGGAUACAUAGCACGAGUGGUUAGAGAGCACAUGGAGUGUUAUAACUGCGGUGAACUAACAAGCAAAGUUCCCAGCAGCCAGCCACUUCAACAGCUCACCAAGAAUCAGGACAGAGGAGGACUGCUAGACCCCUCAGACGAACUUCUUUACGUCCUAGAGACGCUAAGAAUGUUCAUUAACAGUGCACUGACGGAAACGCCAAAUCUCCGAAGGCCCCUGGCAUCGCUACUCAAUGUAGCUGUACCAGCGCUGAUACAUUCAGCCCUUCUGCGAUGCACUAUGGGUGACGACCAGCACCGCCAAAAAUUGGUUGAACUUGUGUGCUCCCGAUUCAUGAAGCCCCUGCUCAGCAACUACGCUUCCGCUGUGACCGACAAAAGCGAUGUAUGCAAAAACUUCGCUCGGAAACCGCUGUCGAGGAAGUACUUGAAGUUGUAAAUCGAGCGGGCACAGUGAACACGGGUGUCCGUGGUGCGACGUGAGCAACUUCGACGAUCGACCUUGCACAAAAGCA